CCUGGUGCAAAAAAACAGCGCACCGUGAUGUAGCGCUCAGGACAGCAACGAACGGGGGAUAUAGCGCGGUUGCAUGUUGUUGUUUUUUUUUUUCUUCCCCCAAAUGGGAAAUCUGGUGGGCAGCUGGCGUUUCAAGGAGCCGAGCACCGUGGAGGAAUGCGACUCGACGUGGGAGUCGGACUCGGAGGGGGACGAGGACGACGACGGCGGCGGGGUCUCAGAGUCCGGCGGCCCGCAGGAGCGCACCGGGGAGAGCUCCCCGCAGCUGACCGACUCCCCAGAGUCCGUUCCGAGGAUGAAGAGGAGUUUUUACGCUGCUAGGGAUCUCUACAAAUAUCGUCACAGCUACCCGAACCACCGAAAGUCCCGGCAACCAAACGAGUACCGUAACCUGCGCUUCUACUUGAACAAGAUCCCUCUGGUGCCUGACGGUGUCUACAUAGAGGAGAUUCUUUCCAAGUGGAGAGGCGACUACGACAAACUGGAGCACAAUCACACAUACAUUCAGUGGCUGUUCCCAUUAAGAGAACAAGGGCUCAACUUCUACGCACAUGAACUGACUCAGGACGAGAUUAAAGAAUUCCAAAGCACUCGGGAAGCAAAGAGGAGAUUCCUGGCAGCCUAUUCCCUGAUGCUGGAUUUCUAUGGCGUCAAACUACUGGAUAAAAGUGGUAAUGUUUCCAGGGCCCCUAACUGGCAGGAGCGCUUCCAGCACCUUAAUGAAUCCCACCACAACUACCUGCGGAUCACUCGCAUCCUGAAAUCCCUGGGCGAGCUGGGCUACGAGGCCUUCAAGGCCCCGCUGGUUCGGCUCUUUUUGGAGGAGUCGCUCUGUAACGGGACCCUCCCCAACAUGCAGCACAGCGCCCUGGAAUACUACGUCUACACCGUCCGCCUGCCGGCCGCCCGCCGGCGCCUGCUCCGCUUCGCCCGCCAACACUACAGGCCGGCGCACGCCUUCCUCUGGGGGCCGCCCUCGAAAAAGCGGGGGGGCGGGAGCGUCGGGGCGGGAAGCAGCGGGAUCAGAGCGCCCGCCCCCACCCCGGAGCAGCAGAGGAGGGGAGAGGAGACCGCCGGGUUCAUUUUGUCUUCCCACAACGCCAUCAUGUGCCAGGGCCUCAAGGUCUGCCCGGAGCUCGGGUCCAACAUGGCCGGGCUCCAGGGAGCGCUGGUGUUUGUGGGAGGCAGGGGCGAGAGGAACGAAUACGACGAGGGCUUUCCUUUGUGAGGAAAAACGUUUUGGUUUUGGAAAAAUGGCAUUUUAGGACACGGGUCAGAACAGUAAAACAGUAGUGAAGGAUAGCUGAACUUUUGAAUAUCUUUUGAAAAUCUGAUUAGAAUCCUUUCAGAUUAAGGGCUUAACAUAAACACUGAUCAUUCUUUUAAAACCACUAUUUACUUCAGGAUCUUAAUCAGUGGAAUCAUCAAAAUUCAUGUUGCUUUUUAUUAACUAGGGCUACGCUCACAAAAUAGUUCAACUAGAUGAUUGCCUUAUCUAUUGUUUUAUUGUUUAACUCAAAAGUGGUUGCUUUUACUGACGACUAUUUCAACAAAAGGUGUCCACUGACUGCUCUUGGUGUCAGUAUGGUCUUCAGAAUGAGACAUGCCCGCUUAUUAAAUGUAAGUGGAGUCCCCCCGAGCAACAAGCUGGACUAAGCUCUUUUUUUUAUCGGUGCGUCAUAAACAAUAUAAUGUGAAAGGGUUAUCAGGGGGACAAAAGCGUAACUGGUAAGCAAUACUUAAGAUCCAGCUUCUGUAGGAUUAGCAUGAAUUAUUCACAUGUUCAUGUCAAUUAUCGGCACAAAUAUGUUACUACUCUUGUGAUUUGUAUUGUCUGGAUUUUUAAAGUUUGGAAAUAGCCACUCUCUUCAUGUAGCCACGCAGCUACAGAGCAAAAAAACAAAAACAUCUUACAUACUAAACUCUUACAUACUUACCUUCUAAACUCUCUAUUUUUCUAUCUUUGGGAAACUUGUAAGAAUAGAGAGGCUUUUGGUGACAUUACUACUCAUCACUUGGUAGAAGUUUGCCGCCAAAGAUGGCAGUUUAAAUAUAGAAAAAGGAAAUAAUGUGUGUACAGCAGAGCAACUACUAAACUGUGGGAUUUGAAUUUGUGUAACAGAUUUUAAAUCAUAAUUUCCUACUGUGUUAUAAUAACUCCCUGUGCAUGCUGGGAAAAUAGGGAAAUAGGGAAAACACUAUCUCUGAACAAAAACUUCUUACUUUGCUCACUAAAGCAAACUAAAUUUUGGUCAUUGCAGUUAAUCAUUUGCUAUGUCAUGAAUAUAGAUGUCUGAAACAGCAGUGUAAGUGAAUGAUUUAUAAAAAUCUACAAACAUGUGACUUAAUGCCUCACGUUCAAGCUGAUUACCUUUUAAGAUCACUAGUUUUUCUGGUAUUACUUGUAUGCUCCUACAAUUAUUGGCUGUAAAUAAGGGAUAUAGUCCCUUAACCUGGUGAAUUUGCAAUAUAGCAAUGCCUUAAUUCUGGAGUUAAGUCAUUUAUCGGAUUUUACUCAACGAGGGGUAAAUCCAGUCUUCAUGUGAUCUAACCACUUUCCUGGGUUAUGGUCUUGAUUAGAGGUAAAAAAAAAAUCCUCUUUAGGGUAAAAAGUAAUAAUAUCAGUCCAGUUUAUAAUUAAGUAAUGAAGUUUGGUGGGUGGCUUACCCUUUGACUGGCACACUCCGAAACCAUUGUAUAUUAUUAGUUGCCCAAAAAUACACAGCUGGAGGCUUGAAAGUUGUACUUUCCCUUUUCAAUUGCUUCUAGUAAAUGAUCUACUUCCUCUUUGAAAGACAUAACUAGCUAUGACAAAAUCCAACAGCCACAUGAGCUGUGUGAGGGGAUAUUUUGAAAUACCAAUAACUGAGACAUAAGGCCAGUACAAAUUGGCGUUCAGAUUUAUUAAAAACAGCCUGAUGUGUUUAAUUUUUCACUGAUUUUGUAUGGUGAAAGUAAUAAAAAAAGCUCCGUUAGCUUGUCAGUGUCAGCAGCUGUUUGCUGCAGUAGUUUAAGUUUUAUUUUAGAGCUGGAAUAAAUGCAUAUUAAUUAACUAAAUAAUAGUACUAAUAGCUAUUUCCACAUAAUCAGACUACUGUAGAAGCUAAUUUAGUCAGUGUUGUUAACCAUAGCUUAUACAAAUUAAAUUUGCUGAUGUAUAUUAAGCUGCCUUAGCAUGUCAUUGCUAGCAACAAUGCUAUAUUUCUUACAUAUAAAAUACUCGUAUUUUGGUCUGUAAGAGGUUGCAAGUGAUUUGUUAUCAUAAAUACACAACUGCAGGCAGUUGAGAUUUAUAAGGUGGAAACGGACUUGAAAUUAUACAACUAACCAAUGUGGUUGGUGUUGAAAUAACUAUUAAUUAAGCUUGAUUGGUGUUUCUGUUUUGAAUUAUUGAGGAAAACAACGAUGCUUUCUUUUUGUAGAAAGAGUGGUAGCUCCGCUGUAUUUUUGUGGCUUGACGCUGGCAUUUUAAAAAUAAUCAUUAAGGAUAUGACCAUGUCAGUAAAAGCUUGAAACUGUUCAUAAUAAUAUCAUUCUAAUGGCUACCAUUGUGUAAUGUCAUCUCAGCCUUCUCGCAGCCUUCUAUACUUAACUAAAAAUGUAACUGGAUGUGGAUAUUUUGUGACGUUAGUGUGAUCACACUGGUGAUGUGUGAUGCUUCUUUAAAAUGUCUUCCUGUGUAAAGUACUGUAGGUUUAUUAGAAUUGCAGCACAUCUCAUGGAGAGAACAGCUCUUUCUGAAAUGAUCCAACUGGGCAAUAAUCUGACUAUUUGUAAAGAAUUCACAUUAUACAUAGCUUUUAAUGAUCUUUUAACCUGUGAAUUUGAGUGAAACAACAUAUAGGGCUAAGUUUGUAGAUAUGCAGCAGCUUUUUUUGGUCAAAUAGACAGUCUUAUCUUUGUUUUAGAUAGACUAUCCAGUGGAGGGGGGAAGAAAAAACAUGUAACCCAGAAAAUCACAGUAGUAAUAAGAGUGCAGGAGUCAUAUAAAAUGCAAAAUCCUGCAUUAUUUAUAUUCUUUAAGCUUAGGAACAGCUCUAAGAUGCUGUUAACAACAUAUGAUCACAUAACUUAGCUUGUGUUUAGAUUUGAGACAAUAGUGUAGAUAUAUUUUUAGUCCAUUGUGUGUUUGUUCACAGUAGAUGGAAAUCUGUGAAAUAAAAAGCCUCUGUAGCUGACACAGACCUUUCAGGUUUAAACACCUGAUUUCGUCAGCUCUUCUUUCUGUAGGCAGUUAAUCGUUCGCUGACAAGGUUUGAACAUCCGACGGCAGCUGAGCAAUCUGACAAAAUUGUAAAGGUACCAUUCAGGUGGAUUGUAUGAUAACACGGUAUUUGAAGUUUUUUUGUACUGACCACAUGUGUGAUUGGGUGUCUGAUAUUCUUAAGUGCCUCUUUUGUAUGUCUUUUUAUUUGUCUGUAUGCAGAAAGGGGUGUUUUUAUCAACUUACCUCUUGUACAUCCUGUUUUGGUACGGCGUUUUUGAUAUUUAAUUUAUUCUUUGCAUUAUAGUCAUAGUGUAAAUAACAACAGCAAAAUUAAGUAUUUUAAACAGUUGCUAUAUAGAAGUAAGUACUAUAUUAUACUUGAAAUUAUUUGUAUCUAUCUUAUUCGACAAAGUGAUUCUUGGAUAGAAUGUUCAUGUUUGUCUUUGUUUUCCCAGCACAGACAAGAUGCCAGAACUUUACAUUUGCCCUGAAAUGUGCAUUUUGUCUCAGUUAACUUGCAAAUAAAAUGGGGAUAUUAAAACAAAUGUCUUCGGAUUUGCAUAAUGCAUGUUGCACUGUGCAUGAAACGGUACGGAAAUAUAAAUGAAAAAUGAUGUGUUUGCCUAUUCUUCAAUUAGAUGAGAUGUGGUUAAAUGUUUAUAACAAAUCCAUGACAACAAUAGCUAUGCUUUCACCACCCUUCUUUUCUUAUAUUAUCUCUAUAUGAAGAUUCUGCUGCUUCUCUGGGAAAACACAUAAGAGUCAUACCUGUUUUGAUGUGGAAACACUUAAAUGAUGUUUCCCAUGAUGUUUCCCUCCUACUGCCCGUAGGAGUGAUACUUUAAAGGAAGAAUCAAAUUACGCAUAUGAUAAUGUCGGUCAGAGGAAUUGUUGCUCGGUUUUUGUGUCUUGUCUAUGUACAAUUUUUGUUUGGUGAAACAGAAUAAUUCUAAAGUUGACAGGGAUUUAAGAAAACAAACAAACAUGAAAAUUUUUUCCAGGGACAGAAUCUAAUGAAGGAUCUAAACUAAAACAUUGAGCACAUACACAAAAAGAUCCAGUAGUGUAGAUUUUCCCACUAUUUUUGUGAUAGUUAUUGUCAGAUUUUUUUCUUUAACAUGGAUUGCAAAUACAACCCAUAUUUGAUCAAAUGCUCCAUGAAUUAGAAUUUGGUUGUUAAAAUAAUUUUGUUUACUUCAUAUGACAGGAAAUAAAAUACAACAAAU